UCCAAUUUAAUUGUUUUCCUCUUGAUUGCAAUUAAUUGAAAUUUAAAUUAAAUUUGAUUGAUUUUUUGGUUAUGAUUUUUUUUUUCGUCUGAUUCUUGAGACUCGUUAGAUUGUUUUCUCUGUUUGAUAAGUUUCUUUGUUUUUCUUUUCUGUUUCUUUUUGUGUUUUGUUUUGUUUUUCUUCUUGGUUGGUGUUUGGUUUUUUUUCUCUCUCUUUGAUUAUUGAUUGGAAUCAAAUUCUAAAUGCAUUCAGUUUUUGAAUUAAAUGUUGACCAAUUAGAUGAACUGGUUAAAGAUGAAUAUUCUCUAAUUAAGAUUGUUGAGAGAGAAUUGUCUGUUCCAUUACCACCUUACAAAUUGGAUAAAGUUGCCAAUACAAUUUAUGAUUUAAUCAAAUAUGAAUGGACCAAUAGAUACAGUAUAGAUUUACAAGGUAUUCUCCUUUAUCAUGAUCAACUUGAAUUUAAAUCUGAUUAUGGAAGAAUUAAAGAUGAUUGUCCAUUCGUUUUCUGGGAUAUCUCAGCUCGAUUUUACAUUUUCUGCCCUUCGGUUGGAUCCAUAAUUCGUGGUAAAAUAAACAAAUUCACCAAAACCCAAGUGAUGAAUGCACUUGUAUUAAAUUGUAUUAUCGCAGCAUUUAGUCCAGAAAAGGUUCAUGAUUCAGUAUCAAAUCAAAUGGAACUUGGAAAAGAGAUUUUAUUUCGAGUUGAAUCAUUCGAUGUGGAUCAUUCAUUAAUCUAUGGAAUAAUUGAUGAAGAAUGUGUUGAAUUAAUGAGAGAAAAAGGAAUCGUUGGAUUACAACCAAUAAUUAACGUUACGAAAGCAAUUGAAUUUGAAACAACAAACCAACAAGAUCAACAAUAAAGAGGAUGAGAUGAUUAUGGUGACAUUUUUGUUUCAAACAAAAUAACAAUUAACACAAUUAAGAAAAUUAUAUAUAACAAAAAUUAAUUUUCGAGCUGUUAUAUUAUCAUGUUAUCUCAUGUGAUCAUAGAAACUUUCAAAGUUUAUGUUAAUCAACAGGAUCCAGAGACAAUUAAGGAAAUUGAAAGCUCGUUAACCACAAUUGCAGUUAAUCUCAAUGAAAGCAAACAUCUCAAUCAAGUCAAAGGAAGUUCAAUUGAUUAGCUAAUUGCCAGUAAUUUUUUUCUUCUUCAGUUAACUGAUCUGUUGUUAAAUUUAAACGGAUUGUCCUAAAUAACCAUCUAACUAAUUAUUAGAGUGGAA